UGCAUGCAAGAAUGAAAUAAUGCAACACAAAACUAAGCUCUAAAAAAAUGACUUAUGUUAGGCUUGCUCCUUUGGUUGUCUUCUUGUUUGCCACAUUAUUGAUGUUUCUGAUGAAGAAGGUAGGAGCAGAUGAAUGUUGGGGUCCUUGUUCGGUACUUCAGACGCCGCCAUGUCCCCUUUCAAAGUGUUAUUGCAUCCCUCUUUUUUUAGUUGUAGGUUACUGCUCGCAUGCAUCAUCCCCAACUGUUAUGAAGAUGGUUGAGGAACAUCCUAACUUAUGUCAGUCUCAUGCUGAUUGCACGAAGAAAGGAAGUGGGAGUUUUUGCGCUCGUUAUCCUAAUCUUGAUAUCGAAUAUGGAUGGUGUUUUGCCUCUAACUCUAAAGCACAAGAAGUAUUCUUCGAAAUUUUUUCUAACUAUGAAUUCAUAUAAGGCUACACAAAGUUACACAUACUGCAUACUCCUUCCGUCCCAAAUUAUAAGUCUAUUUAAAAAGAUUUUGUUAUAAAUUAUAAGUCACUUUAUAAUAUCAAUAAAAUAUUCUAUAUAUCCAUCCACACUACCAAAAAAAAAAAAUCUACAUAUCCACCACGACUACAAUAAAUGUUCUAUGUGCAUGUAUGUGCUUGUAUAAUAUAUGUAGUUACUUUGCAAGCAGUGUGAUGCUGCUCUU